CAAAGCGGUGGAAUCUACAAAACCAAUGGCAACGAACUCGGAAAAUCCAAUUGAACUUUAACUUUACUGACUGACUUUCUCUUAUCAUUCUCACCUGUUUACACGUAUUUAACUGCAUUCGCGCGACAGUUCACCUUGUGGUAAGUGGAAUUGUGUUCGUAAAGAAUCGUUAAUCGUAAACAAUCUACCGAUGGAACACCAGCAAAACGAGAGGACCGAGUUUAUUAAGGCUCUCUUACAAGAAACCGCAGAGGCAAGAUGGUCAUUGGAAAUAUCGCCAAGCAGCGAGCUUGGCUGCGAAGUUUUCCAGCAACUUUCGCCUCUUUUUGUGGCAGUUACUUGGUUGGGAAAUAUGAACUUGGAAAAGCCCAUAAGUGACAUUGCCGGCAUAGCUUUAGCAAAAAAAAUUACGCAGUGCAAUUUCCCAGUCCUUUUUCAUUUGUGCGGUAGGAACAUUGCUAGAAGAAAAAUGAUGGAAAUUUUAGACUACUUAAAACGAUGCAAAGUGAGGAAUUUAUUGGCAUUGCAAGGCGAUUGGGCCCAUGUACUAGAAACGGACGACACUAAAUGCGACUUUCCUUAUGCUUCCGAUUUAGUUUUAUUCAUAAAAACGCACUAUCCAGAUGAUUUCAGUGUAGGUGUUGCGGGUUAUCCUGAUUGCCAUCCGCACAGCAGAUCAUUAGAAGAGGAUCUGAAGUAUUUGAAGCUAAAGGUUUCCAAUGGGGCGGACUUCAUUAUCACACAAGUCAGCUUCGAUUACGAUUGCUUGGAAGCAUUCGCCGAUAACUGUAAAAAGCACGAUAUAAAUGUACCAAUUGUGCCCGGAUUCCUCAUUAUAAAAUCAUAUAAAUCUGUGAUGGAUAUGCAAGCGCAUUGUAACCUGAAAGUGCCGGGAAAAAUUCUCAGCGAUUUGCAAAUGUACAAAAGCGAUGUUAAAGCGAUUGAAAAAUAUCUUGUGGAUUUGAUUGCGGAUUUAAUAGCAAAAUGCAAAAAGAACUCGAGCGUUUUCGCCGGAGUGCAUAUCUUUUCAAUGAAUGAUAUUGUCCAGGUUCAGAAGGUCUUAUCUAAGACAAAAGUUUAAACUUUAUUAAUACAAAUCCUUAAUAAACCCGACUUUUUGCUCUGGUUCUACUUUGUAUUUGUAUGGGUCCAGUGGCGCACAGGCGAUCCGAAGCUAGUUAUACCUGAUAUAAGUUAAAGGUUUCACCCUUCGGAGUUUGAUCUGCAAAAGAAACAGAACCAUUUUAGUACCUGAAGGGUAAACCUACGAAAAUGUAUUAUAAUUAAUUGUUGUUGCAUUGUGAACAGAUACCUAAACAUAUCGCUCUGGUAUAUCUUAUAAAAACGUAAAUUAUCAAUAUUAUCUGUCAGUUGCUGAUAAUAAAGAAAAAUCUGACAGACUGAAAUAAACGAAAACAAAAACAG